AUGGACGACUUACGCGAAGCCCUGCCAGAAGUGAACGCACCGCCCGAGCAGCCUGGUGGCCACAUCGACGACAUGGAAGAUGUGCAGGAAUCAAGACACGCCGAUUCUGAUGGCCGGCCCUCCAUGCUUCCGUUCAUUGACCCGAUGUACAAUCCUGGUCUUGAGAAUUCGUCUCUGCCGAUAGAUUCCCUCCCGGACUUUGAAUAUGGGCCGCAGCUUCCAGAGGGAUACAUCCGUGUCCUGAUGCUCUUGCCGCCCACAGAAGAGGAUACACCGAGGGACCUCAAUUGGGUCCUCAUUUGCGAUAAGCUAUCCAACAUGUCUGGCAUGUUCUCCGCCGUAUCCUACACAUGGGGCACCCCUGCCAAGACGCACAGAAUCCGCUGCAAUGGGAAGUCGCUGGCUGUGACCGAGAACGUCUACGACGCCCUAAAGAACCUCGUCCGCCUCUUUUUCAGCAGAAAUUCCUUCGCCAAGGGCAUACCGACAUUGUGGAUCGACGCCGUGUGCAUCAACCAGGGCAACUUUGCUGAGCGUGAGGAGCAGGUUAAGAUGAUGAGGGACAUCUAUAAGGCGGCAAAGAUGACCUUUGUGUGGCUUCCUGCUGGACGAGGGGCCAGCGACGAGGACCUCAAGAAAAUUGACCAAGGCUUCAAAAGCAUGGCGAUGCUCCGUGAGAUGUACUUGUACGUGCAGGAGUUCAGGGACCUGGUACACAACGGAAAAGUCAGCUUCGACACACUCGACCACAUGACGUACGGGGAGCAUGAGCUCCACGUGCCGUGGAACAGCCGGGACGGCAUCACGAAGCUCUUCACCCAGCCGUGGUUCGAGCGGAUCUGGAUCUGCCAGGAGAUUGCCGUUUCGAAGAAUGCAGCCGUCUUUGAUGGCGCUCAUAUUGCUCCCUGGGGGCUCUUUGCGGACAGUGCCGAGGUAAUACAAUACCUUGGGGGGUUAGACAGCUUCAAGAUCUGGAAGUCGAACAAGGUUGCGCAUGACAAGACGUUUCUGGGAAAUGUCCGUCGACUGGAGAAGCUGAGAAAGAACGUUGAGCAGGGAACACAUACGGGGCUGUUAGAACUGUUACAUGCAACUGCCAAUUUCCAGUCCACAGAGCCAUUAGACCGGGUGUAUGGACUGCUCGGGCUGAUCACCGAUGACCGGGACCGCGAGAUUGUCACUUCAUUGCUCGACUACACCAUUUCACCCUAUCUCCUGUACUUGAACGUCACCGUCAACCACAUCAUUAUGCAUGGAACACUCGACAUUCUUCACCUCGUCGGGCCGGUCAAGACCGAUCCUGCGGGGAAGUGGCUCUCGCUUGUUCCAAACCUUGCCGCAACAAACAACCACAAGCGAGGCCUCGGAACGUUCACAAGCAGGGACGAGUGGAUCUACCAUGCCAGCCUGGACUCCAAACCCGUGCUCAAAGUCAACGGACAGAUCCCUGAGACGGAAAAGAUUAUCAAGGUCACGGAUGAUGACGAAAUAUCUCUCAACGGAGUGGUUCUCGACACCAUCACCCGCGUAAGCAAGAUGCUAGACUCGGCCGGAAUGAGCAUGACCUCGGUGAUGACAUGGUUUGAAACAGCCAUGUUUGCAGAAUCUGAUGCGAGAUUCAUCCCAAGUGCCAUGCUCAAGCGGCACCUGGAGUACCUCACCGCUCGGAACAAAACGCUGAAGGGCUUGCCAGCCGGGAGUGACAGCGGCGGGCAAGCAACGGCGCUUGUGGCAGUGGAAGGUGGCAAACCGGGAGACCCAUCUCCUGCGAAGGCUAAGAAAGAGGAUUGGGAGAAGAACAUCGAUCAGGAAAUUGUGAAACUUUUGGAGCAGCACGUCACGUAUGAUACAGAGGGAAAUGCGAUCCUCCCUGGCGCAGGGGACAAGCCUGCAAGCUCGCAUAGCCCAGAAGCCAAACGGGACUCCUUACCUCCGCCCGAACAGCCGAAUCCGAGCGAGAACCAACCUGGCGGGAGCAAAAGCAUCGAAACCCUACCGGACAGGAAUGCCACCGUCAACAACGCGGCUGACAGCAGUGCCACUGACGGCAAUGUAUCCAGCAAAACAAACGGCGAGUGUUCCGGCAAUCAUCCACCCACCAACGCACCACAGAAUAACGAUGAAUCUCCGCCCUCCAACCCUCCCAAGUCCUCCAACCUCCCUUCCUCCUCAAGUGCUUCCCCAUUCCCCAUCGGCGGCUCUCCCUACCCCCUACCACCCCACGAAACCUACCAUCGCGCGUUCUUCCGUACCCUCCUGCACGGCCUCUCCCCACUCUCUCCCGCCGCCCCAGAACCAGUUCCCUCGGCCUUCUUCAAGAAAUAUUACAUUCCCUGGUACAAGCUCCUGAAAACGCACGACGGCGACUCCUUCAGCCAUGCCUGGGUGCGCGAAUGGUAUCAAGAGCAUGCGCAACACGAGGGAGACAAGCCUGUCUCGACGGUUGCCAAGUGGGUUGAGGACAGGCAGCUGGGGAGGAGGAUGUUCAGAACGAGCAAGGGGUAUAUUGGGACGGGGCCGGAUGGGAUGGAGCAAGGGGAUUUGGUUGUCUUGUUGAAGGGCGGGCAGACGGGGUAUGUUGUUAGGAGGGUGGAGUCUGAGCCUGAGGGGGGUGAAGAAGACAGGGAGAGGGAGAGGGAGGGAAACCGGGUUGGUGCAACUGGGCAGGAGGUUGAUGAGGAGGGUGACACUAGGGAAGGGACGAUACAGGGUGAGCGGGAGGGGGUGAAUCAGGAGGGAGGAGAAGCGGGGAGGAGGAGGAGGAAUAUGUAUAAGUUUGUUGGGGCGGCUUAUGUUCAUGGUGUCAUGGAGGGAGAGGGGAUGGAGUUGGGGGAGGAGGAGGAGUUUGUGUUUGUUUAA